CUUUCAUUUAAUUUCUUUCAUUUAAUUUAUUAUAUUUUAUCAGAAGCAUUUAAACUCCACCUUUGUCCAUUAACAAAAAAACGCCUCCUCAGCUGAGGGCGGGGCCAGGCGAACCUGCGCGUAAACGCCCCUGUGAAGCGCGCUCCCGUGUCCUGUGUGCGUGUUUCAGUGUCAGUGGUUCUUUGCGCUAGGUGGGUUCUCCUGGUUCUCCUGGUUCUCCUGGUUCUUCCUCCUGCUUCUCCUCCUCUUCCUCCUCCAACAUGCGGCCGUGCGCUCCAGCUGCCCGGGCGGGGAUCUGAGCGGCUCUGCUGCAGCGUGUGUCCGCCCCGAGGUGCGUGUGAGCCGGGGGAGCUCAGCAGCGACCCCCUGAGGCUCCGCUCCUCUUCUCCUUUGUCAAUCAUCUUCUUUCUCUUCCCGUCGCGUCACUGAUGGAGCUCACGCGCUCCGGCUGAGCCCGUCGCUGUUUCCCGUGCAGACGCAGCCGAAGAUGGAGACGGUGAUGGAGCGGGAGUGCAGCGCGCUGGGGGGGCUCUUCCAGACCGUCCUCGGGGACAUGAAGGGAAGUUACCCUGUGUGGGACGACUUCAUCAGCAAGGCCAGCAAACUGCAGUCCCAGCUCAGGUCGACCGUCAUGGCGGUGGCGGCCUUCCUGGACGCCUUCCAGAAAGUGGCCGACCUGGCGACGAACAGCCGAGGCGGGACGAGGGACAUCGGUUCAGCUCUCACCAGGAUGUGCAUGAGGCACCGAAGCAUCGAGGCCAAGCUCCGCCAGUUCUCCAUGGUGUUUCUGGACUGUCUGAUCAACCCACUCCAGGAGCAGAUGGAGGAGUGGAAGAAAGUCGCCAACACUCUGGACAAAGACCACGCCAAAGAGUAUAAGAAGGCUCGUCAGGAGAUCAAGAAGAAGUCCUCCGACACUCUGAAGCUGCAGAAGAAAGCAAAGAAAGGCCGUGGAGACCUGCAGCCUCAGCUGGACAGCGCCAUGCAGGACGUCAGUGAUAAGUAUCUGCUGCUGGAGGAGACGGAGAAGCAGGCGGUGAGGAAGGCCCUGGUGGAGGAGAGGACUCGCUUCUGCUGCUUCGUCACCAUGCUGAGGCCGGUUGUGGAGGAGGAGAUGUCCAUGUUGGGGGAGAUCACUCACCUGCAGUCGCUGACGGACGACCUGAAGGCGCUGACCAUGGACCCUCACAAGCUGCCGGCCUCCAGCGAGCAGGUCAUCGUGGACCUGAAGGCCUCCGACUGCACCUGGUCAUACCAAACUCCGCCCUCUUCGCCGAGCACCACAGUCUCCAGGAAGUCCAGCAUGUGCAGCAGCCUGAACAGCGUGAACAGCAGCGACUCUCGCUCCAGCGGCUCACACUGUCACUCCCCCACCUCCCACUUCCGUUACCGCGCCUCCUCCUCCUCCUCGGUGCCCCCCCAGCAGCCACCGGCCCGCCUCUCCUCGGUCUCCUCCCACGACUCUGGCUUCAUCUCCCAGGACGCCUUCCAGUCCAAAUCGCCUUCGCCGAUGCCUCCGGAAGCCUCACAGGACUGGGCCAAACCAGGUCCGUACGACCAGCCGAUGGUCAACACCCUGAGGAGGAGCAAGGACAGGAGAGAGACUACAGAUCCCAGCAGCCACCAGGGCGCGGAUGUCCCUACACCAGGGGAGGAGCCACACAGGGUUAAAGGAAGCCACUCCCUGACAUCGCCAAAGGAGGACAGGGAGGUCCAUGAGGAGCUGGCCCGGGUUCUGGCCCGUGGUCUCCACCUGGACAUCCAGGGCUCCAGUAGAGACUCGCUGCAGGGCUCCAGCGGCUACAGCAGCCAGACCCACACACCGUGCUGCUCAGAGGACACCAUCCCCUCACAAGGAUCGGACUGUGACUACUACACGGUGGGACUGGAUCCGGACGGCGAGCAGCAGGCGUCUGACUUCGAUAAAUCCUCGACCAUCCCCAGGAACAGUGACAUCAGUCAGUCGUACCGCCGCCUGUUCCAAUCCAAGCGUCCCGCCUCCACCGCCGGCCUGCCCUCCAACCCCGGCGCCGUCAUCACCCCCGGAGUCGCCACCAUCCGACGGACGCCGUCCUCCAAACCGAACCUGCGUCGACCCUCCGGGGGCCUCAACCUGGGCCCCAUCCCCAUCAAGCCCCCCAUGAUCCCCGUCAAGACCCCCACAGUGCCUGAUCACCCCGGUUUCCCCAGCAGAGCGAUGUCAGAGGACGGCAACACGCCGCGGACCCCCCUCAGCCCGGCCACCACACCUCUGUCCCCGGGCAGCAACGGGCCCUUUUUGCCAAAGACCCGGCCCUGUGACCCCCCGCACCUCUUUAAGGAGUCCGAUCCCCCGACCCCACCCCCGCAGCCCGGUGGGCGGGUGUCAGAGUGGGAGCGCCGGCCCCUCCCGGAGCUCCUGGAGGAGUCGGAGUACGGUGAGGUGGAGGACUUUCUGGUGGCCAUACGGCGAGGAGUCAAACUCAAGAAGACGACGACCAACGACCGGUCAGCGCCGAUGAUUUACUGAGAGGAGACGGGUGGACGUCCCUGACGGAGUUUCAGUUAUUAAACUGUUACAGGGACACGAGGUGGAUUCUGUCGAGAGACAACGGGAAGGAUGACGUCAAAUGAAAGAAUAAGAAGUUGCCCCGAGACGCUGGUCCAGGAUCAGUGGAAUAACCUGAUGUCAUAUUGGUUUUUGAUUUAAAGGUUCAAAAUGCACCUUCUCCGUUUGGCCAUGUUAUUAAUUUAACACAUUAGUGGAUCAGAGUUUACAUCCAUACGCUCAUAAUGUAAAGUCUCAGACUUCUUCAGGCUGAGAAUUCUGUUGCUGGAGAAGCAAACUGAAAACCUUUAGCUCCUUAACGUGUGUGAGUUUCCCCCUGGGACCACUGAUCCAGGAUCAUCUCCUCAGGGCAGCUUGAGAAGGUGUGAACGUGGUGGACGAGUCUUUCUUCUUGUAGCAGAAGCGACUGACACUAAACUUCACUGGGCGUGGUAACGGGAAGAAGUGACGAUCGAUGAAGUAGAGGAAAAACUCUCAAAGAGAUGACGGAGUAUUUUCAAAAGAUCAAAAGUGAUUUGUAUAUACAUAUUUAUGAUUUGACGUGUUUGUAUGUUUUUUUGUCCUCUGCUCCCUUUACACCUAACAGUCUCCUCCCAUUUCCCCUUUAAAGGUGCCAAAAGCCUUCGUGCUGAAUUUAACAUUAAUAUUCUCUAUUUAAUUGAAACGAUGCUGAAUUUGUUUUCCUGUAAAAACAUAGAUAUAUUGUUUGAAUGAGAAUAAAAACAGCCUGAAGAAAUCUCUGAGCUCCUCCUGAGCUGAGGGAGGACUUGUAUAUGUAGUGUUAGCAGAGUGGAGAGGGGCAUGGAACCAUUUUAAUAGCACAUAAGGUUUUGUUGUUGUUGCAGACAUUAACACAUAAAGUAGAUUGACCUGCAUGUUGUUAAAGUUCGCCCCAGUUCAAACUAUCAGUGUGGCUCUUAAAUCAAAUGUAUCAGUCAGUUAGGUUAUAAAGUUCACGAUGCGGAGGCCCACAGAAGGAAUGUUAGUUAUUUGUUCAUUAUUUGGCUUUUUGAAAUUUAUUUUCUGUGAAGCAACAAAUCAAGAGAGAACUCGACCAGUAACAACUCCAAUUUGUGAGUUUGUCAUUGUGUAGUCGGGCCGCACACCUCUGUCUUCAUGGUUAUUUAACACGUUGCACACCCACCACCAGGGCAGCAGCUGUACAGAGUGUGUUGUGUACACUUCAGAGUCCAUGGUUGUGUUACUACAGGUUCCUCGUUACUACCUAGAGGUAGUAUUUGGAGUAAUGUGGAUUAGUGUAGGGUCUGUGGUAGUGAGGCCUGGGUUCUGUAUUUGCCUGGCACAGAUGUACACAGUGAUGGACUAGUUGAAGUAUUCUUGUAAAGCUUCAGUAUUGGGACAGUUUACUACAGGUGCAGUAUUUUCAUCCUGUCACGUUCAUAUUCAAUAUUUGCUCCCUGAUUCUGCUAUAGCCUUGAAUAGAAUCUCCAAAUCUACAUAAACGUUUUAAAGAACCUUCAUUUUGACUUGUUUUUGUAGAAUAAUUGUAAUUUAUGUUUCUCAUUUCUAUGGUCUCAUGUGGAGGCCAAUUAAAAAUACACAAAACAAUGAAGAGAUACUUAAAUUGAAGUGUAUUUCAAUUCAGACUCUUAAACCUAAAUUCUGAUCUAAUAAAAGCAUCUUAUUUUGAAGCCUUAUUCCUCUAAAGUUCAGGUACUUUAUACACCCUAGUGCACUCACACAAUAUAUUUGCCUAUUAACUAUAUUUUUUACCUAAUAUCGUUAUGUGUAGCUUUAACCACACAGUGAAAUCCCCUUGUUGAGUUUUAUACAUUGGCAAGCUAACAUAUCUGACCUAGCUAAACUAGCUAAAGCAGAGCUAGCCAGGUAACUAGCCACCCUGCUAACUAUUGUAGCUCAAUUCCUUCUGAUACAUGAAAGUUCUCUCACACUGUCAGUUCACUGUCCCUGUGAAUGUAGCAUGGAGGCUAACGAGGCUAACACUAUUAGCUGUGGACAAACGGUUACAAAAGAACACCAGUAGGCUCUGCUGUGUAUUUAUAUCAAUGUGUCACUGCAACAAAUAUAUAAUAACCCUAUGCUAGCUCGUAGGCUAAUUACUAAAUGUCAAAUAGCCCGUUGAAUUAAAACCUAACUUGUGCUAGCGAGUGAAUAACAAGCUGAAGUACUCUAAACCCCCCCGUUGCUACUUAGAUAGUUGUCACCACAAGUCAAAUGAUUAAUAUAUUUAUACAAUUGAAUAUUAUAAUUAAUUUCAUUUGUUGUUUACCAGGUUUUGAUCUCCAAACGGUACUAUUGAGCAAAUGAAACCUAAUGUAUUUAAUAUGCAUGUUAUUUUUAAGUUAAAGAUUUAAUAUAGACAGCUUUUUUCUACUGAAACGUUUCUUUGUCCACCUCCGUUGGUCGAAUGGACCAGGAAGCAUUUUAGAUACCGUGCACCGCCUGCUCCGUGUCCCUCCAGGGAUCCUCGAUGUUUCAUAUUCCGUGUGACGGCAGUUUGACGCCCUGUAUGACGACUGAAGUCGGUUUCAUAUUCGCUCUGUGGAUUCUCCAGGUUAACGAAUAGAAUCGUGAAGCUGAUGCGAUAAAACGUGCGUGAAGCUGAAUGUUCGGGCCUGAGAGGAACUGUGUGUAUCAGUGAUCUGAAUGAUGCCGACACACACUGACCGGUCGAGCAGUGAUGAUAAGGAAUCACAUUUAGUUAUCUUUAAUAUUAUUAUUAAAAUCCCUUUUAAUCUAAAAUCCCUCGUCCAGUCGUCGGUGUGUGUCGAGGUCGUUCGGUCUCUGAGCUGUUAGUAUCAGCGUCUGUGUGUUUCUGACCUUUAAUGUUUGACCUUUCAUUUGAGACAAGUUGCCAAAAGUUUUACAGUACAUUAAAAAUGACGCUCUGGGUCUGAUUUAAAUUUUUGUUAAUAUUUUCUACAUGAUGUUCUUGAUUCAGGAGUUGUUUUCACUGAUGGAUGUUUCCUGUUGGAGUCAAUCUGUCACCUGAUGCAGCCACAUUUAAAAAGUCUCUAUUCACUUUGUGCCAUAGCAGGAGUUAUCUAAUUUUGGAAUGAAGGUAUACCUGAUGCAGGACUGUCAGGAGUUUUAUGAAAUGUCUUUGGGAAUGAAUAUCAAAAAUAUAAACACAACAAAUAGUAGAUUAUCUUCUUUACUUCUGAGCAAGAGGAGUCAGAGAACAAAAAUGUUGAGUAGGAAAAUCUGAAACCAGAGAAACUUGGAUGAGUUUCAUUGAUAAAAUAUUGCUUAUUAUAUAUAU